AAUAAUAACAUGUUACUUUUUAAUCUUUAUGUUGAACUUGAUGAUUUUGUAUUAAAUUCUACACAAUAUGAAGCAAAAAAUGUAGUAAAGUUAAUAGUAGAUGAAAUUGAAAAGUUUGAUGAAUAUGACUGGGUUUUUACAAUUGAAUCUGAAAUAUUACUAUCUUAUUAUAGAGUUGGUUUAUUCUAUCUUUUAUACUCACAAUGUUGGAAACUUAAGUAUAAACAUAAAGAAUCUAACUAG